AUGUUGCCAUUUGCCAGGUCUUUUAGACGCCUCUGGCGCAACCAGCCAACCGCGCAGAUAUCGAUCCUUUGCCGUGGCAAAACGAUCAGCCGCGAGCAACUUUUUACAUACACCAAUGGCCACUUCCUUAUCGAUGAGGACCAUCAGUAUAGUCGGCGCUACCGGAAGUUGAACCUGGACGCCCUCUGCGACAUUGCCGCUAGAGCUGGAGGGAGCAUAUCUCGAAUUACAGCCAUCGAGAAGCUUGAAGGGGGGUUCAGCAAAGCUCUUCUCAUGAAAAGGGAGAACGGCAGUAAACUGAUCGCGAAAGUCCCCUGUCACAUUGCUGGCCCGGCUUAUUUAACAACAACCUCUGAAGUAGGUACUUUGGAAUACAUCAUGCGCUACAUAUCAGUAAAAAAUUACACAACUAUUCCCGUCCCUCGUGUCUUCUCUUGGUCCUCUGAUGCUUCAAAUCCUGUCGGGGCAGAGUAUAUUGUCAUGGAGAAGGCAGCCGGGGUCCCGCUAUUUGAGCGAUGGGGCAAGAUGGCACAAAUCGAGAAAAUGGAGCUUAUAAAGAAUCUGACCCAACUUGAAGCUCAAUUGGCGGCUAUCUCGUUUCCUGCAUAUGGGGGGCUGUAUUUACGCGCAGAUGCGGAGCACUUCAAACAUCAAUACAUUCAUGGCAGCGUGGAUGAACAACACUUGUUGUGCAUCGGCCCAUCGCCUGGGCGCUCGUUUGACAUCGAUGAUGCGUCAAUGUACUAUGGGCCUUGGGAUAGCUUAUCGGAUCUCGGGACGUCAAUUGCCAAACGAGAACUCUCUCGGAUUGGAAGGCAGAAUCUAGACAAUCAGUCAAUGGCUCAUCGGGGAAGCCCCCAGGAACAAGCCUGUCUUUUGGAGAUUGUGUCUCUCUCAGUGCUCCCGCUAUUUCUCCAGACCCGAUGGCCAGUGUUUCUGCAGCCUCCACGGGAUUACACUAGAGGCCUUGUACAGCCCGUGUUCCCAGAUGACUUUGAUUCUUUUGACAAAGACGACAAGGCCACUGCUCUACAUGACUGGACACAGGCCAAACUGGCAAAAGCAUAUGAAGUCUCAACCUUUCUAGAGAACAGAAUUGCCCACAACGCCAUGAAUGUGCCGCGUGUUUUUCGAGAACUGUUCAUCCGCACUGGAGAAACAUCCGAUGUUGGCGUCGUUCCACUGCGAGAGUGCUUGAUUGAAAUAUUUAAGAAUUGGUCGGAUCUGGGGUUUUCUGGGCAUUGUCCUUAUUCCUUCAGCCAGGAAGACAUCAGAGCACAUGAAGAGCAAUUUGCCGACUACAAGAAUGGAACGAGGUACAGCAGCUCGCCCAGGAGUCUCUAG